GGACAUGGAUAUCGAUAGGCUGUACCGGAUAAUGGGAGCGAUGAUCAAAAGGGUUUACGGCUAUUACAUCACUCGACCGCUCCAGAGGUUCAAUGUGGACAAUAGGGCCGAGAAGGCGAUCGACAGACAACACGUGGUGCCCAAAGCGGCGCCAAGACAUGAGCGCACGGAUCAGUUGUUCACAGAAAUCACUCAAAAAAACCCGCGAUUCAAACAAGAGUUGAACGAAAAACGGGAGGACCUUCUGAAGCGCUUAACGUCAGUGAAAGUGAUUUCGACGGACCGGGCGGUCAGUGAGGAGGAGCUCAAAGAGAUGAAGGAGAUAAAGGAACGGGUGCGCAGUCGACUCCCGGUGUCCCACGAGGGCACCGACAUCCCGAUGCACGCCUACGUGGAGCCCGCGUCCGUACCCAAGGGUCGCAUUAGUCUGAUCCGGGCGCUGGACUUCAUCGGCAAGCACUCGAAGAGUCCGGAACAGUACGACUCCGGCACUAUCGCCAAACAGCACGCCCUGAACGAGGAGGACGUCCGCAAUGUCUUGACGUACUUCAAGCCCUUCUAUAAGGAGGGCAUUACGGACCCCGUGGAGGAUACGGAGUCGCUGUUAGGUGUGUCCAAACAGAAGUGGUCGGAGAUCACCACCUUUUUGAAGCCCAAGAGUCGCGUAAUUCACGAGCAAAUCAACGCUCAGAAGGAGACCGCCGCUGAUGAGCCCAUCGCUGAUAAGGCGGUUAACCCUCGGAAGUAGUCGUAAUGGUAGUGAUCGUGUGAUAGACUUGUAAUUAAUUUAAUAGUAUAUGAAUUGAUUUUUAUUCUCAUUUUCGCAAUGAUAUGAAUGACAAAAUGUGUGGCAAAAAGUGAUUUGAUUUAUUUAAAUAAUUUUAAAAACCGUUUAAUUGAUUCCUAAUAAAAAAGACAUUUUUA